GGCGCAUGUCCAAUACAUUCAGGUCAAUGUAUUUCAGCAAUUAAACCCGUUGCCCACAUAGAGGCGCUGUUCAGCUGUUUAAUCCUCAAGUCAAGAAACGACUGAGCCUGAGAAGAGGCGUCCAACCGAAUCCAUCCAAACCUUCGUCCAACAACCUCAACAGGAACUGACGUCGCCUCCGUGCAAGUGGAUGGAAAAAAAUGCAGCUGCAGGAAAAAUGGCUCCAAACAGCGCACCGUUGUUAAAAGGUGUUUAAUGCCUUGCUGCGCAGCCUGUUGAGCCACACUGAAUUAAAGGCAGUUCCACUCAUGGCACCUUCCAGUUGACAGAAUGGCCCAAAUAUCAAGUGGUAAUGGGUUCAAGCUGGAUGUUUCCCAGCCAAGAGGGGUUGUUGGUAAAGAAGAAGCCCUCCGUAUGGAGGAAGAAGCUUUGGCAAAAUUGCAAAAGGAGAAGAGACACACUCCUUCAUCUUUGUAUGCAACGUCCACAUCUUCCUCAAAACCAAAACUAUCUAAACAUGCCAAUACUACUUCCCAAAUCUUGCCUUCUAACAGCAGAUCAGAAAAAGACCUCAUUUUUUUCCCAGAGACCAAGAAGCAGGAUGAGCAGGCUAGGUUCAAGGAUAUUGAUGUGGACAAACUGACCAAUGAGGAACUUGAAAAGCUCUUACUGGAUGAAAACUUUGGGGCUCAUAGUAAAGUUUCCCGUCCUUCAUCUUUGCUGGGGUUUAACCUCAGUGCCUCCUACCCUGGUAGCCUCCCAUGCAGUUCCUCUCAUUUCCAGGGCAGCCAGUGGACUCCUGUUCUGUCCACUCCAUCAAACUCUAGUGUGUCCACUCCCACACAUCAACCCUCCCCUCUGUUCCCCACUGCUCCCUAUCCCAAACCAGGCACAUUUCAAAAUGGCUUCACUCCAACUAUAACACCUUUUAUGACCAUGACGUCGCAGCAGUCACCCUUCAUGACCUUCACUCCCAUCCAGCCUGCUGCUGCCAUGGUGUUCCCUCAACCAGCUGUAGACCCAGAGAUGGCCAAACUGUUAGACAAGAUUGCCAGCACCUCAGAAUACUUGAAAAAUGGCAGAUCAGCGAGCACUGAGAUAGAUUCUACUCAGGUUGGCACCGCAUCUCUGGCACCCGAUCCAACACCCCAGCAGGCUGCCGGAACUGAAUCUAGCAACAGUCACAUUGAUUGGCUAGAUCUGGACCCAUUAGGAAAACAAAAAGCUGAUAAUAAGGAAGAGUCACUGGCUUCUGGGUCGACCACAGAGGCAGCCCCAGGUGUUCCUGCUGGGGAUCCAUGGGAUGCUGUGCUCGAGACUGAAGGAAACAACGGUAGCAGCAGCAGCAGUCCCCGACUGGAGGUGAAGACACCGCCGUCAUCUCGUUCACCACAUAGACGGGUAUCGUCUGGAGCUGCUGUCACUAGGAGUCACUCACUCAACAUCCCAGGGACCUCUGCCCAGCACAAAGCAAACAAUCAGUGCAAGAGUAAAGGAAAAGCUUUAGUAAAGAACAUUGUUCUGGAGGAAGCAAGUGCUCAGAACCUGGAGGUCGUCGCCUUUCGUGAAGACAUUGCAGCCCUGCGAUCCAAAUUCCCACACAGUGACAUCUCCACCAACCCUGGCUACGUGCUCAGCCCCGUCAUCACACAGAGAGAUGGUGGAGGUGACAAUAAUUGUUCUGUCAAGGUUUCCAUCGAAAUCUCCGAUUCUCAGCAGCCUGUAACCUUCACCUGCGACGUGAGUUCUCCAGUCGAGUUGUUGAUCAGCCAGACUCUGUGCUGGGUUCAUGAUGACCUGGAUCAGGUCGACUUCUCCAGCUACCUGCUCAAAGUCUGCGGCCGGGAGGAGGUGCUGCAGAAUAAACACAGCCUGGGCAGCCACGAGUAUGUCCAGAACUGCAGGAAGUGGGAGAAUGAGAUCACUUUACAACUUCUCUCUCAGUCCACCAUGAGAAGAGACCUGGCACGAAGCGCUGAAGAUGAUGGCUCUAAAAUUGACUUAGAGAAACACUUGGGACAAGUGGAAAGGCCUUUUAAGGAAAAUAUCACCAGACAAGGGCUGGCUGAUUACAUGGAAGGUUACCACACGCAAGUCAACAUCUGUCUCCAAAAUGAGAGUACCCAGUAUAAGACAGUGGAGCGGGUGGUGCAGACUGUGAAGAACCUGUGUUGUGCUCUGGAUGAGGUGGAGACGCAGGCCGUCACAGAGGCUGUGAAAAAGCUGCGUCACUCUGUCAAUUUACCUCGGACACGAUCGCCCAAGUUGGGAUCAUCAUCUCCUGGUCAGUCAUCAAAUGAUCCCACCAGUCCUGUGGAGGAGAGCAUGGCACGGCUGACGCAGACGGUCUAUGACCUGGCCAAGCUUUACCUGCGCUCUUUCUGUCCUCCCUCCAACUCCUUCAGCUCAUGUGCUCUCCCGCAGCCUGCAGGAGAGGAGGCUGUGGAGGGUAGGAGCAGCAAGGAGGCCUCUGGUACCACGGAUCACCUUCAGUUCACUCUGUUCGCUUUGCACGGCAUCCCAGCCAACUGGGUCAGCAGCUAUGAGAAGUACUUCCUGAUGUGUGCCCUCACCCACAAUGGAAAGAACCUGUUCAAACCGGUGCAAUCUAAGAGAGUGGGAACAUACAAGAGUUUCUUCUACCAUGUGAAAUGGGAUGAACUCAUCAACUUCCCCAUCGCAGUAGCUGUGCUCCCACUGGAGUCCAUACUGAGCCUGACUUUGUUCGGGGUGCUGAACCAAAAUGCCGGUGGAUCCCCAGACUCCAACAAACAGAGGAAGGCGCCGGAGCAGCUGGGCAAAGUUUCCAUCCCCCUCUUUGACUUCAGACGGGUUCUGGCCCGAGGCAGCAGGCUGCUCUGUUUGUGGACAUCAGCCCAGGGAGCUGCUGCUGCCACCGCGGGCUCCAUGGGCGGCCGCAAGAGGAUUCCCACAGAGAGAAUUAUACUGCAGGUGGACUUUCCCAACUCUCCAGUUGAUGUUCUGUACGUGGGACCCAAAGAGGUCACCAGUCCAGAGCCCCUCACCCUGGAGGAGCUCGACCCAGACCUCCGAAGAAAAAUGGAGAAAAUCUGCAGCCGAGCUUCUAACUUUGGACUGAAGCGAGCAGAUCAUCAGAUCCUAUGGGACCACCAGCUCCACUGUCAGAGGGACCACCCCAGCAGCCUGCCCAAGGUGCUGGCCAGUGCUCCCAGCUGGGACUGGGCCAGCAUGGCUCACAUCCACUCGCUGCUGCACCAAUGGCCUCCUCUCCCCCCGGUCACUGCACUGGAGCUGCUCGACUCAAAGUUUGCAGAUACAGAAGUGAGAAGCGUGGCUGUUAGUUGGAUUGAGAAGAGCAGUGAUGAUGAACUCACAGACUACCUGCCACAGCUCGUACAGGCCUUAAAGUUUGAAUGUCACCUGAAGAAUGCUCUCGUCCUCUUCCUGCUGUCUAGAGCACAAGGCAACAUCAACAUUGCCCAUUACCUCUAUUGGCUGCUAAAGGAUGCAGUACAGGAUCCGGCCUGGGGUUGGCGCUACGAGCGGGUGCUGGGUGCCUUGCUGUGUCUGUGCGGAACCAAACUGAGGGCAGAGUUAGAGAAACAGACUCACUUAGUGACGCUGUUAGGAGCUGUGGCUGAGAGGGUCAGACAGGCCGCAGGGUCCACGAGACAGGUAGCGCUGCAGGAGGGCCUGGAAAAUGUUCAAAACUUUUUCCAGAGGAACAGCUGCCGACUGCCCCUCAGCCCCAGCCUGGUGGCCAAAGAACUAAACAUCAAGGCCUGCUCCUUCUUCAACUCCAAUGCAGUUCCUCUCAAGUUGGCGCUGGUCAACGCUGACCCUCUGGGGGAAGAGAUCAACGUCAUGUUUAAGGUUGGAGAAGACCUGAGGCAGGACAUGUUGGCUCUGCAGAUGAUCCGCAUCAUGGACCGCAUCUGGCUGCAGGAAGGUCUGGACCUGCGUAUAGUCAACUUUAAAUGCAUCUCCACUGGAAAAGACAAAGGUAUGGUGGAGCUGGUGCCGUCCUCCGACACCCUGAGAAAGAUCCAGGUGGAGUACGGUGUCACAGGAUCCUUCAAGGACAAACCUUUGGCAGAGUGGCUCCGCAAGUACAACCCUGCUGAGGACGAGUAUGAGAAGGCAUCAGAGAACUUCAUCUACUCAUGUGCAGGAUGCUGUGUCGCCACCUACAUCCUGGGCAUCUGUGAUCGUCACAACGACAACAUCAUGCUGCGCUCCACUGGUCACAUGUUCCACAUUGACUUUGGCAAGUUCCUGGGCCACGCCCAGAUGUUUGGCAGCUUUAAAAGGGACCGAGCGCCGUUCGUCCUGACCUCAGACAUGGCCUACGUCAUCAACGGAGGAGAGCGACCCACCAGUCGUUUCCAACUGUUUGUUGACUUGUGCUGUCAGGCCUACAACCUCAUCCGCAAGCACUCUGGGCUGUUCCUCAACUUGUUGUCACUGAUGACGUCCUCAGGUCUUCCAGAACUGACCGGUUCUCAGGACCUAAAGUAUGUGUUCGAUGCUCUGCAGCCUCACAACACAGACGCUGAAGCAACGAUUUUCUUCACCAGGUUAAUUGAGUCCAGCCUGGGAAGUGUGGCCACCAAGUUUAACUUCUUCAUCCACAACCUUGCUCAGCUACGAUUCUCAGGCCUGCCAGCCAACGAUGAGCCCAUUCUGUCCUUCUCCCCAAAGACCUACACCCUCAAACAGGAGGGUCGCAUUGUCCAUGCGUCCAUCUUUUCCUUCCAGAAGAGAUACAACCCAGACAAGCAUUAUACAUACGUUGUAAGGAUCAUGAGGGAAGGUCAGAACGAGCCUCAGUUUGUCUUCCGCACUUUUGAUGAGUUUCAGGAGCUCCACAACAAACUGACCAUACUGUUCCCCCUCUGGAAGCUUCCAAGUUUCCCUAAUAAAAUGGUGCUGGGACGCACCCACAUCAAAGAAGUGGCGACCAAGAGGAAGUUGGAGCUCACAAACUAUGUCCACAAUCUGAUGAGAAGCUCCACAGACGUCACUCAGUGCGAUCUGAUCUACACGUUCUUCCAUCCAAUUGCACGAGACGACAAGACAGAAGGUUUGGAUGCCUCAGCCAGAGCACCAGAACCUCCACUGAGCCCCACGGCUGGUCGGGUGGAGGGAGAGGUGAAGCUCUCCAUCUCCUACAGGAACAGUACUCUCUUCAUCAUGGUGAUGCACAUCCGAGACCUGGUUUCUGAAGAUGGAACAGAUCCCAACCCCUACGUUAAAACCUACCUGCUUCCAGAUCCUCACAAGACUUCCAAACGCAAGACAAAAAUCUCUAGGAAAACCAGAAACCCUACUUUCAAUGAGAUGCUGGUGUACAGUGGCUACAGCAAGGAAACCCUGGGCCUGCGGGAACUUCAACUGAGCGUGCUCAGCGCUGAGUCUCUGCGUGAAAACUACUUCCUGGGCGGCAUCACGCUCAGGCUUAAAGACUUUGACCUCAGCAAGGAGACGGUCAAGUGGUACAAACUUACAGCCGUCCCCUACUUCUAACACCUGCCUGUCUUCCAGCUCCUUUCUGAAGCCUGACAAAGAGUCUCCAGACAAAAGUUGCGUUCACAUUAAACUGACCUGAAUUUAAGAACCUCAGCUUUCACUAGUAAAAAAACUAAUAAAGAACUUGCGUUUUUUUUUCAGAGGAAAUCUCAAAUGCUUUUGUUAAAUAUUGGCGUCAUCAAAUCUGACGAUUCCAUGGGUGACUUUUUAUCAUGGAUCACAUGGUAAUAGUCGGUUUUUGAUCAUUGUGGCAGGAAAACGCAUUUAAACGUAACGCCUCAAAGACCCCUUGAACUUAGAGUUGUCAUUUUGCCUUUAAAGUUAUUCCCUUAAGAAAUUAGUGCAAGAAGAACUCCUCAAGACAAAACAACGAAGGACUAGUGAACAGGUCAUUACAAACCGAACCUGUUGUCCAUCCUUCACUCUCUUUUCUCUCCCUCCGUAACAGAUCAAGAUUGUUUCUGUGAAAAACAAUCUCUACUCAUGUUGUCUUUUUCCUAAACUAGAACACAGAGAGCUGUAAUGUUUUGUACAUUUUGAUAUUAGAGGACCAAAACGACUUGCUAGCAGAAGAGUUAGGUAGAUUGACCCAUUUAUUUUUUGAGAGGAAAAAAUAGGGGCUAAUUUUUACACUCUUGUUUGUUUGUUUUUUUUCUCCAAGAACAAGUGGGAUUGUGAUGGUUUCCUACUUUGCAACAUAUGACACUUCUUGGUAGAUUGCUCCAAAAACAACGAAUUACAGAAAAUCAACAUUGACCUUAUGAUUACCCAAGAAUGUGCCAAAGUUUUAAAAAAAGAAUGGAAAUAUCAAACCACUUUCCCUCACAGGGAACUGAACAGGGUGCCUUUGUCUGUGCUCACAAUCUCUUUAUAACCCUAACCUUGGCCUUAAUGGUAUGUAUAUUUUAUUAACAAUGUGAUAUGUCCUUAUUAAAGAAAAAUCUAUAUUCUGUAUAGCUUUAUCAGUAGGUCUUCUAAAGCAGGGCAUAGAGGUGUAGAUCAUAACAGUGGACUGCCACAAAAUGCACACUACUUGUUGUUUCUUGUGACAUUACUUGACAGCUUUCACACAACACACUUUGAAAAGGGGACUUGUAUCAUAAGGUGGAAGUUAGUGUUUUGUCCGUGCUCUGGUUGUAAAGCUUGUGUUUGCCUCCUGAUUUUAAGUUAGCUGAGGUAUUUUCUUCAGGUGGUUUUAAACCACAUUGCAGACUGCAGCAAAUCCCAGUUUAAAAACUGAGAAUACUGUAAGUGUUGAGUCUGGAGAUUAGGCUGUGGUGGUGUAAUGACACCAUGCUAACAAAGCAGUUAUCAACAACUCCCUAAACUGCCUGAAAAAAUCUAGUCCAAUCAGAUUUUACAACAUUGCGAACACAAACUGCCCGUAGAUCAGUGUUGACGUGGCAAGCUGACGGUGAAACGGUUUUGAAAAGGGAACAAGGUCCUGAGCAAGAACACACCUCUCUGUGCUAACUAUAAAAUUAAAGUUGUUAAUGUUUAAUAAAGAAAUUUUGAUGAAUUUAUCUGAGAAUUUUUUAAGAGAUCUACGUGACGAUUAUGAUUUAAGAGCAACACUUACAUUAUAAAUAUUAGUGACUUGAUUCACUCUUUUAGUGACUGUACAAAGAAAACAGAGUUUGUAUUAACAUGGCCAGUUAUUUAUUCUUAAUUGGUUACCUUUAACCUGAAUGGAUCUGUGUGUACUGUAAUUCCUCUUUCCUAAAGCAAUUAAAUGUUUUUGGAACAAGUA